AUGGAGCUUAAAGCACAACAACCGCCGUCUACUCCUAAAUUAGGCGAUACUUCUAUCAUAAACGAGAAACCUCUUACGGCCAAACAGGACAGUGAGCCUCGUAGUCACAUGAGAACUAAGCUGGACCCCAAGGAGAGAGCCUUGGUGCGCAAGCUUGACUUCUAUAUCAUGCCAACUAUCUGCGUCAUGUACUUCCUCAACUACGUUGAUCGUAAUGCCAUCGCUCAAGCCCGCCUCAACCACUUCGAGCGCGACCUUAACAUGGCAGGCAAUGAAUUCAACACGGCGGUCAGCAUCCUCUUCGUUGGAUACGUACUCGUGCAAGUGCCGAGCAACAUGUUAAUCACGCGCGUCAAGCCUGGGAUCUAUAUGUCCGGAUGGAUGUUCCUCUGGGCCGUAGUGUCUGCUUGCACGGCUGCGGUCAAGAGUUAUAGAGCCUUAGUAGCCUGUAGGUUCUUUUUAGGGAUAGCAGAGGCGCCAGUAAGAGACCUGUUCGGUAUUGCCUCACGGCAUAAUGUGGCUAACGCUAUCGAGUUCUAUCCCGGUGCCACGUAUAUUCUGGCGAUCUAUUAUACGCAUAGCGAGAUGGCCGCGCGCGUUGGUCUCAUGUACUCCGGGCAGCUCCUGGCAACCGGGUUCACCGGCUUGAUCUCAGCUGGCGUCUUCGCCCGAAUGGAUGGCCUUCGAGGACUAGCAGGUUGGCAGUGGCUCUUCAUCAUCGAAGGGGCCUUUACCGCAUUUGUUGCCGUGCUCGGGUUCUGGCUCUUACCAAAUAUGCCAAACGAUACCCGCUGGCUUAGCGAGGAGGAGCGCAAAUUGGUACAUGCUCGCAUGGAGCGUGACAGGAUCAGCGAUGUCCUUGGAGAAGCUAGUACUUGGGAAGGUCUCAAGCAAGCAUUUCAGGAUAUAAGGACAUGGCUCUUCUGUCUCAUGCAAAUGUUUCACCUCUCAGCCUGCUCUUUCAACGCGUUCUUUCCGACCGUCACAAAAACCCUCGGAUACAAUACCACAUUAACUCUCCUACUGACAUGUCCACCCUUCGUGCUCGCAGCAGCUGGCAGCACCGUAGUUGGCUGGAGCUCUGGUAGACUAAACGAGAGGGCGUGGCAUAUCACCGCCACGCUAUCCAUUGCAAUUAUCGGGUUCGUCAUAGCCGCGAGUACGCUUAACAUGGCAGCACGUUAUGUUGCUUGCUUCAUUUUCCCCCUCGGCGCAUUCUCCGCCAACUCCGUUAUCGUCGGCUGGGCGUCGUCGACCCUGAGCCAGACAGAAGAGAAGCGAGCCGUCGUCCUUGCGAUAACCAACGUCUUUGGUCACAUUGGAUAUAUAUACGGCGCGUACCUAUGGCCGGACAGCGAUGAGCCUCGAUAUGGCAUUGGCUUCGGCGCAUCCGCAGGCUUUGCGCUCCUUUCGAUCUUCUGUGCUUGGGUAGUCCGGAUGUUGUUGAUCCAAGAUAACAAGAAGAUCCGAGCAUCGAAUUUGGGGAGCGUCAACUUAUACAGUUUCUAA